AUGGCGCCGGCAGCUCGACCAUUGACCAUGUUCGCCGCGACAUCGACUCGUGCACUGGCUCGCUCGGCUGCGGUCAACCCGGCCCUCGCAAACCGACUUCUCGCGGCCGCUGCCGUUCGCGGCUACGCCACCCCUUCGGGCCCGCCGCCCAAGAACUUCCGUCAGGCGCCUUACCUGCGAUGGAACGAGGAGAAGGAGAGCACUCUGGACCGAAUGGGACGAUACUUCCUCCUGACCGAGAUGUUCCGCGGCAUGUACGUGCUCAUGGAGCAGUUCUUCCGCCCGCCCUACACCAUUUUCUACCCUUUCGAGAAGGGUCCCAUCUCCCCCCGGUUCCGCGGUGAGCACGCCCUCCGCCGAUACCCCUCGGGCGAGGAGCGCUGCAUCGCCUGCAAGCUCUGCGAGGCCGUUUGCCCGGCGCAGGCCAUCACCAUCGAGGCCGAGGAGCGCGCCGACGGCUCCCGCCGCACGACCCGCUAUGACAUUGAUAUGACAAAGUGCAUCUACUGCGGCUUCUGCCAGGAGUCGUGCCCCGUCGACGCCAUCGUCGAGAGCCCCAACGCCGAGUACGCCACCGAGACUCGCGAGGAGCUCCUGUACAACAAGGAGAAGCUGCUGAGCAAUGGUGAUAAGUGGGAGCCCGAACUGGCUGCCGUUAUCCGCGCCGACUCGCCCUACCGGUAA